AUUCAGGCUAGCGUGCGGGGAAAGCUCUGUCACAUCCUCGGCCAUGGCGUGUCCCGCAAGGUCUUGGCACGUCCACCCAGCACUGCGUGUCUCCGUGCCCGUAACCCUACUAAUAGUAACCCGUGAUGGCCUGUAAUAGCGUUUCACUCAUCUCUGAUCCAGAUAACGGUUUCGCGCGCACGCCACGGGUCUGACUGAACAUAAAUUAGCAUACACCAGUCAUCAUGGCAGACGAAUGGCCUCCUUCAGAAUGCUAUUCUGCCGCGUUCUGUUCACAGGCGUCUGCCAACAACUUCUCCACUUCCUCCAUCCAUGCCUUCGUCCCCGCACGUCUCGCUGGAAAUUCGGCCAGUGUCUCAGGCCCAUAUCGUCGUGUAUCCCACCGACUCUACCGACAACAUCCCAGAGCCCCUUGUCGUGCUCAGCAACCCCGAAGACAUAACCGCCUCUCAAGUAUGGCAGGACAAGCAAGAGGGUUUGGUGGUGUCCGAAGAACAGGACGACUGGUCUAUCGACCGAGCUAACCCCCGUAAUUGGUCUCUCACACGCAAAUGGGUUUGCACGGCUAUUGUCAGCCUUUACUCCUUCGUAUCACCGUUGAGCAGUUCCAUGAUGGCACCUGCACUUCCCGACAUUUCCAAACACUAUGGAAUCACGAGUUCUUCCGUCCAAGCUCUGACGCUCUCUAUCUUCCUCCUCUCCUUCGCAAUAGGCCCAUUAUUCUUUGGCCCCCUCAGCGAAAUGUACGGCCGCGCAUGGGUUCUCCAUCUCGCCAACAUCCUCCUUCUCGGGUGCAACAUCGGAUGCGCGUUCGCACCAUCGACGGCCGCACUCAUCAUCUUCCGUUUCUUCGCAGGAUUGGGCGGCUCCGCAUCCGUCGGUAUCGGCGGCUCAGUUGUCUCUGACAUAUUCGCAGAGCGUGAUCGCGGUUCUGCCAUGGCUAUCAUGACUAUCGGCCCUCUGGUAGGACCCACUGUCGGACCUGUCGCAGGUGGCUUCAUCACCGCUACCAUCGGGUUCAAAUGGGUCUUCGUCGUGAUCGCCGCCGUCUGCGGCGUCGCGAGCCUCAUCGGAAUCCCGUUCCUCCGAGAAUCGUACGGGCCAGUCGUUCUACGCCGCCGCCUCAGCUCCACGAAAGACUCGACCGCAGAGCUCCCCGGCGCCGCUGCCGCCGUCCCCACCAGCGCCCGCGAGCGCGCGCGCAUGCUCUGGACCAACUUCAGCCGGCCCGCGGUGCUCCUCACGCGCUCGAGCAUCUGCUUCAUGCUCUCCAUGUACCUCGCGUUCAUCUACGGGACGUACUAUUUGAUGUUUGCGACGUUCCCAGAGCUGUUCUCGUCUGUGUAUGGGUUCGGGCCUGGGAUCGGCGGGCUGACGUACCUCGGGUUGGGCAUCGGGUUCAUCCUUGGGAGUUUCCUCGGUGCACGGUACGGGGAUGCGCUGUACCGAUACAUCGCGAAUAGGACGAACAAUGGCGUUGGUAAGCCGGAGAUGCGCAUACCGGGGUUGGUCAUGUGCUCCGUCUUCGUUCCCAUCGGACUGUUUUGGUACGGCUGGUCUGCGCAGGCGAGGACGCAUUGGAUUUUACCGAUUAUCGGGACCGGGUUCUUCGGGCUCGGGUUGAUGAUGGCGUAUCUCUCCAUUCAGUUGUACCUCGUCGAUGCGUUCGAGUAUGCGGCGAGCGCGCUCGCUGCUGCAUCCGUCUUGCGGAGUCUCUUUGGAUUUGGAUUCCCUCUGUUUGCAGGUCCGAUGUUCGCUGCCCUAGGAGACGGACCGGGCAAUUCUCUGCUUGCAGGUCUCAGUAUCGUGAUCGGGGUCCCGUUCCCCAUUUACCUGUACUUCCGAGGAGAGAAGAUCAGGCAGGGCAGCAAGUACACCAAGUGAAGGUGGGAGGGGGCACCGUGGUGGCGAUGUGGGAGGCGAUGUGUGGUUUAUUUUAUUUGAUUUUAUUGUAUAAUCCGACGUAAUGGCUCCUGCGCUGAUUAGUUCUAGGCGCAUUCACGUUUUCACGUUCACGUUCGUUUGCACAAUGUCGUACCAUAGCCGGACUCCGAGUCGUCUUGAUGUUAAGUUUUCGAUUCGUCGGAUAACGUGCAUUAGACAGUCGAUAGAGUGUUAUAUCACGCGUAAUUCUCUAUGGUAGAUAUAUUGUGGCGUAUGCUGGUGUCAUCCGACCUGGUGCAGAAA